CGCGCGGAGCUUUCCGCACAGGACAUGUCUGCGAGGAGCCCCGAGGGGCUCUGCCAUCCCGGACUCCCAGCCCACCGCCCGCUUCAGAGCUGAUGGAGGUGGACAGCUAACAGAUGAACUGUGGUUUCCUUGAUACGUCAGUUGUCACAGCACAGCUGAUGGUUCUUGAGAUCUCAGAAGUCACGCUACGCUGUUUCCACCUGAGAACUUGGGUCUGCUGAAAACCCUGAGGCAAUGACCGAGACUGCCCAUCGCCUCAUUUGAAGGCGCUGCCUAAAGAAUGAGGAGCGAAGAGCCGGCCGUGACCAUGGAAGAGACCGGCGGGCCGGACGCGGCUGCGGGCCGCCUGGGGGCGCCCUACUCCGAGGCCUGGGGGUACUUCCACCUGGCUCCCGCGCGCCCUGGCCACGCGGCGGGUCCCUGGGCCACCUGCCGGCUGUGCGGGGAGCAAGUGGGCCGCGGCCCGGGCUGGCACGCGAGCACCCCGGCGCUGUGGAAGCACCUGAGAAGCGCGCACCGGCGGGAGCUGGCGGAGAGCGCCGCCCGCCGCUCGCCGCCCGCCGCCCCUGGCCCCGUCGCGGCCGCCGAGGGCGACUGGGCGCGCCUCCUCGAGCAGAUGGGCGCGCUGGCCGUGCGGGGCAGCCUGCGCGAGCGGGAGCUGGCGCGGCGCGAGGCGGCCGUGGAGCAGGGCGAGCGCGCCCUGGAGCGCAGGCGGCGGGCGCUGCAGGAGGAGGAGCGCGCGGCGGCCCAGGCGCGCCGGGAGCUGCAGGCCGAGAGGGAGGCGCUGCAGGCGCGGCAGCGGGAAGUGAGCCGGCGCGAGGGCGCCUUGGCCCCGGCGCCCCCGCUGCACGCUCCACUCAAAGACGAGCCCGAGGGGGAACCCAGGGACGGCUGCGUCAUCACGAAGGUCCUCCUGUAGGUUUUGGCCGCUCCCACCUCCCCACUCCACGUGUGGCCCGCGGAGUGGCGUCUUCAGCCUCACCUGGGAGCGGGAUUUCAGUCCCUUGACCCCUCUGCCAAACUGAAAUCGCCAAAUGCAGGGUCUUGAGAAGCAGAACCAGAAUAUGCUCGUGACCCUCUCCGGCGGCCUCCUCUGCUGGUGGCGUUUCGUGGGACUCGCGCAGGCGGUGGUUUUCCUCUGACCGCCUUUGGAAAAGAGUCCACCGGCCCCGUGAACCUACAGCACUUGGAGCCACGGCCAUUCUUUGGCUGGUAACUUUGAAAGGACCGAAACUUCCUUACACACCAAGGACUACCACACCAUGUGUCCGCAACCCAGGGUAGAGUGUGCAUUGAAACGAGGAUCAGGCAUUUUUACCCCCCAAAAUUUUACUUCCUAACGAGUAAGUCUUUGAUGAGUAGCCCUUGCCCAGCACCAAGUUCUGAACAGGAGGCCGUUUAGUUUCCAGAACUGCUCAUUACCCUAUCAUUCCUAGUGCCUUAGGAAGGCAGUCCUGGAGAAGCCCUCUUUUUGCUCCCCUCCCCAGCUGGCCCCCCAGUACCAAGCGCCUUGUCUCACCUCCGCCAUCUUCCUUCCCCCUUUGCAGGCCUGAUGGCAGCUGUGGUAAGUUUCCCCUCUUGACUGCCUCACACCUGCCACCUUUCUUGCAAGGCCUGACCUCAGCCCUCCUUGACAGGAAGGGAGCUUCCUCCCCCUCGUCUCCUCAGUCCUCAACCUGGGCCAAGGGGAAGGCACCCUCCCAUCUGAGGCCACCUCCUUCACCUUUUUGGGGCCUUUGGUGGUUGCCAUGCUAAGUCAUGUCCAACUCUUUCGACGCCAUGGAUUGUAGUCCCCCAGGCUCCUUCCCAGGCAGUAAUAUGGAGUGGGUUGCCAUUUUCUACUCCAGGGAUCUUCCCCAUUCAGGGAUCAAACCCACGGCUCCUGCGUUGCAGGCAGAUUCUUUACCACUGAGCCACCUGGGAAGCCCCAUGGAUGUCUUACAGAAUGUCCGAUACUCUGGAUUUGUCUGAUUGUUUCCUUAGGCCAAAUUAUGUACUCCUUCUUGGUUCAUCUACCCAGAGAGCUGCAACAGUCACCUCCGUGCCAGAAACUCCUGACUACCUCCAGCCUCAUGUGUUCUUCCCAGGUCUGUCCUUCGUGUUCAGUCCCCUGCAGCGUAUCUCCCCCUUUACUUGCACACCUUGCCACUGGGGAUGGAAGGGGUAAAUGCAUUCAACUCCACAUCCCCACCCCUGACCCAAUGACUAAGAAUUACUGGGCUCUUAAAAUGUGUCAGGUACAUUUGCCUCUCACUUUAUUUCCAUAGCAGCUCUCUGGGGAGGGGGGCAUACGAACACUCUGCCCAUUUUACAGCUAAUGAAACAGAGAGGGCUUAAGUGGCUUGUACAAGAUGACAGCUGGUAAGUAGUAGUGUCAGCAGUCCCAUCCAAUCUCUACCUCCAGAUGCUGUGUUCCCGGCUGCUGUACUGUUGCCCCUGUUGCUCACUCAUCCCAGCUGACCCGUUUGCUUCCUAAUUCCAGCUCCAGGUCGUACCAUCAGUGACACUGACAUGUACUAACCACUCACCAUGCCAGAGCUGUGCAAAAAUGCUGGACGAGAAUAACUGCCUACCGUGCAGCAACCCCAUGAUAUAAUUACUCUUACGCCCACUUUGCAGAGGAGAGACAGGCUCAGAGGAACUAAGUAAUGCUGAGGAAGAAUGGGAUUUGGGCACCAGUCUUGCUGAAUCCUAGGCCCCUGAUCUGUUGAGUCUAUUUCUAGUGGCUCAGUUGGUAAUGAAGAAGACCCAGGUUCGAUCCCUGGGUCGGGAAGAUCCCCUGGAGAAGGGAUGGCAACCCACUCCAGUAUUCUUGCCUGGAGAAUUCCAUGGGCACCAGGAAUUCCUGGUGGGCUACAGUCCACGGGGUCACAAAGAGUCAAAUACGACUGAGCAACUGAGACUUUCACUUUUACACCUGUCUUCCUUCUGAUGUCACCUGCCCAACUCAGGACCCAGUUAUCAUUCAGCUGGGAUUCACCUUUCCAUCCUCAUCUUCUCACACUACCACCUACCUGACACUCAGCUUGGCCAGAGGAAUUCUUCUGACAAUGACUGUAUCACAUUUCCUGCUCAAGACUGAUCACCCAUCCUCUACAAGCUCUCUUUGUGGCCUGACAGUCAAGUCCCCUCCAGCCCUGUGCCAGUCUCCUCUGUCCCCUCCACACACGCUGUGUGCCUCAGCCAGACUCGACUCCUUGUUCUGAUGUGUCCUGGUCUUGGCACCUCUGUGUCUGUUUGCACUUCCACCUCUUAAAAAAAGCCCCUCCAUCUGAGUAUGAAAAGUACCACCCAUUUUCUAAGAAUAAACUCAAAUUUGACUCCCUACAUGACGCUUUCCUGGAUUCUCAUCAUUCAGAAAUGAUUCUUUACUUCUCUGGACUCUCAGCAUUUUGUAUCUUAAAGCCCUUAGGAAGGCCCUCUGGUGUGUACCGUUGGGAGCUGGGCUGGUGUCCACUCAUCCGGCUCCCCCAGUGUCUUACCUGUGGCAGCUGCUCAAUAAAUAUUUGAGGCGAUAAACCCAUUCAGUUUUCCCAGUUAAUACAAUUAUUCCUUUAUCUUUAAUUCUGAGUGGAAUUCCUAACAGAAAAAAGAAGUAGCCUAAAAGGAAGUAGCAGUAAAUUUUUAAAAGCUGUUUAGUCAGUGAACUUUUAAUGUGUCAGUUUGGGGCUGUUUGGUUUGAAUCUAAUCACGAGGUAUAUCAAUUAUCAGGAACACUUUUCUUAAAAUUAUUUUUUUCAUUACACAAUUAAUAUAAAUGCAAUGCCCCAAUCUAGGAAGAAAAACUGAAAGAAAAAAUCUCCCAAAGUCCUAUCAUCUUAGACUGCUAUUAACAUUUUAUUUGUCUGUCUCCUCCAAUUUUUUAUUACUCUAAAAAUAAUGUUAUUUCUAUUAAGAACUGAAAUGUAACUUCUUCAUGUGUGUUUAUAAUUGGGCUGUACAGUCUGAAUUUGGACUUUUAGGAAGGAAGAAUAAAAUACAAAUGUCAC